UAAAGCUCAAGGGUUUUAGCUUCCUAACAAGAGGUUUUGCACACUAAUUCAAAACUACGGCCUUUGAUCUCAAUUCGCGGAUUCCUGAAUCACAGAAACGAUUUCUUCGGCAAAUGUGUGAAGAGAUUGAAAUUGUCCGAUGCUGGUAUCUUCAAUUAGGUCAGCAUCUCGCCUAAAUCUCUCCAGAUACCUCCAAUUUAUUCGAUUGCAAUCAGUUCCGUCGGUGGCUCAUUCCACUCCUUAUUUUUCGGAUUCUGGCUCCGAGGAGCUGAAUUCCAGCUCGAAAAAUGAUGUUACUGUAACAAAUCACGGCGGGAAUGAGAAUUGUUUGGGAUUCAGUUCACGUGAUGUCGUUCAGAUUCUGCAGAAUAUGCAAUCGGAACCGGAUUAUGCGUUAUCCUUUUUUAACCAGCUCAGGGAGAGGGGAUUUCAGCACGAUACUGGAAGUUAUUUGGCUAUGAUCAAGUUACUCUGCAAUUGCCGCUUGGACCGAAAAUUGGAGUGUUUGUUUAAGGGUGUUGUGAAAUUGAAAGGGGGGAAUUUGUGUUUUGAGGUGUCGGAGUUGUUGGAUGCAAUUGGUGAGGAGGUGAAGGCUGCUGGUGGGUGUAGCUCCCUGAUUCGGGCAUUUGAUGCCAUGGUUAAGAGUUACGCUGGUUUAGAAAUGUUCGAUGAGGCGAUUGAGACUCUGUUUGCGACUAGACAGCACGGUGUUUGGCCGUGUGUGUCGUCGUGUAACUUUUUGAUGAAUAGGUUAGUUGGGUGUGGGAAAGUGGACACGGCUGUUGCUAUCUAUAGACAGCUGAAGAAUAUUGAGGUGGAGCCGAAUGUAUUUACUUUUGGGAUUGUAGUUAAGGCGUAUUGUCGAAUGGGAAGUUUGGGAGAAGCUGCGGAGGUGUUUCUGGAGAUGGAGGAGGCUGGGGUGGUGCCUAAUUGUUUUACCUAUACAGCUUAUCUUAAAGCACUCUGCAGUCAUGGCAGGUCAGAAUUAGCGUAUCAGUUUUUACAAGCUUGGGAUGCCAAAGGUGUCCCUGUGGAUGCUUAUGCUUAUGCUAUUGUAAUUCAAGGCUUUGUUAGUGAGAAGAAUCUGAAAGUGGCGGAAAUGGUAUUACUUGACAUGGAGGAAAAUGCGAUAGUGCCAAGCAAAGUUAGCUAUCACACUUUAAUCCGGGGGUAUUGUGAUUCUGGGGAUAUAGUUCGAGCCUUGGGUAUCCAUGAUGAGAUGGAGAAAAAGGGUUUCAGAACUAAUUGCUGGAUACUCUCUUCGAUUCUUCAGUGCUUGUGCCUGAAAGGCAUGUAUUCUGAAGCAAUAAACCGGUUUAUUAACUCUAAGAAGCUGGGAAUCUUUCUCGAUGAAGUCAUUUAUAAUGUUGUUAUUGAUGCUUUAUGCAAAAUGGGCAAGUUAGAUGAUGCAAAAAGAUUGUUUGAUGAGAUGAAGCAUAAGAAACUCAUACCAGAUAUUGUGCAUUAUACGACAUUGAUAAAUGGUCACUGUCUAAAUGGAAAUAUUUUUGAUGCUGUGCGUUUAUUUGUGGAAAUGAACCAAAGCGGCCUUAGAGCUGAUAUUGUUACUUAUAAUGUCCUUGCUGGUGGGUUGUCUAGAGAGGGACUGCUGGAUGAGGUGUGUUCACUGCUUGAAGCGAUGAAUGAGCAAGGCUUGACUCCCAGCAGAGUCACGCACAACAUGAUUAUUGAAGGCCUUUGCUUAGCGAGGAGAGUGAAAGAAGCUGAAACAUAUUUCAUGAAUCUGGGAGAAAAGAGCAUAGAAAAUUCUUCUUCCUUGGUGAAUGGUUACUGCAAAUCAGGCAAGGCAAUCGAGGGCUUUAAACUUUUUUAUAAAUUGUUUAACAUAGGUAUACUUAUAAGUAGGAAUUCAUGUGCAGCACUUAUUAACAGCCUUUGUGUCGAAAAGGAAUAUAAAAGAGCUAUUGGAGUUUUUCAGGUUAUGCUUUCUACUAAUGAUGGCCCUAAUAAAUCGAUGUGCAUCAAUAUUAUAGCUGCUCUUUGCCGCGCUAGAGACAUGGAAAAUGCCCGAUGGGCAUUUGACCAAAUGGUCGGUAGGGGAUUAACUCCCGAUGCAGUUAUCUACACCAUUAUUAUGAAUGGAUAUUGUCGAGUGAACCGCUUGCAGGAAGCCUUUGAUCUUUUAAGUGAUAUGAAGGCAAGGGGCAUGAAUCCUGACAUUAUAACUUAUACGGUAUUGGCUGAUGGGCAUCACAAAACAAGUCUGAAAGAAACUCGAUCUAAGAAAUGUUUAGAAGGAAACGAGAUGGUAAAACAGGAAGCUUCAACCUUGUUGUGUGAUGUGAAGGAGAUGGGAUUAAAGCCUGAUGUCAUUUGCUACACAGCACUGAUUGACAGUCAUUGCAAGUCAGGGAACCUUCAUGAUGCUGAUUCCCUUUUCAAUCAAUUGAUUGAACAUGGUUUACUACCUGAUACCGUUGCAUACACAGCCCUCAUUUCUGGUUAUUGCAAGCAGGGAAAUAUGGGCAAGGUUUCAACUCUUGUGAAUGAGAUGUUAUCCAACGGAAUGCGACCAGAUGACCGCAUUAUGGCAACUUUGUAUGAUGGUAUCAUGAAAGCAGAAACUGCAGUUUCGGCGGAAAAUUUUCCCAAAUUCCCCUUGGAUACUUUACUCGGAUGGACUCUCAUGAGCUGCAGAAUGAGCUAGUGGUGUAUUUAACAUAAGAUUGUAUGUUCUUAUUUCAUAGUACUAUUUUAACAACUCAGAGGUUGUUUGACUGAGCUUCUAAGCUCCUUAAAACACUCGAGAAGUAUAAGCUCCUGAACUACAUAUACGCUUUGAAAAUAGGUGCGACUUGAUUUGACAUUUUUCUGUGCUUAGGUUUAUCAGGAAAUAUUAUGAUUCCUACUCGGUGAAUGCUUCAGGGAUAUUUAUCCUGUAGGAAAAAGUAAUCACAAGCUUGGUCUAGCUAUGCUACAACUGCAUGUGCUGGCAUUAAAGGUCCAGAGUAGCAGUAAUAGCACCUUCUCCAUCCAUCCCUAUCGCAUAUCGGUCGAUUAGAAGUAUUUGUCUAUGGCUUCUAAAUGUGGUAUAUGUGUCAGGAAACCUUGGUACUGGGAUAACCCAAGAUCUGGGAACAUUAUUCCAGGCAUCCGGCUAUUGAUUUUAUCGGAAUAUACUUGCCUCACUCUGUCUCAGGUAAUCCUUUUUGAACUUCAGACAACACGCUUAAAUUAGCAUCAUAACGCACCUGCUCCGAUGAAAUAAAGUCCAUGUACUGAUGUACAUUAUCUGACUCUUCUCAAUUUCUUCAAUAUCUGACUCUUCUCAAUUUCUUCAAGAAAUUAUUACUGUGGUGGUCCUUUUGUUAUUUGGCUCGUAGAUCAAUUGUUUCCAGAAAGUCCCUUCAAGUGUCGAUUAGCACCACAGAUAGUUCUCAUGAUUUCACUGUCUUAUAAACCUGUUUUUCUAAAGAUGGAUAUAAACAAGUUUAAAUGAAUAAUAUCUAAAUAAUUGUCACACUACACUUGUAUUUCUUCUGAUUCAGAUCUAUUGUAAUUUUACCUACUGGACUUGAUCAGAGAAAUUGCGCAAAUUUGUGCUAUGUAGAUUCGGCUUCAAGUACGAUUCAUCAAUUCUAUUCUAGAUAUUCCAAUCCAUUUCAGCAUGGAAGUUUCAAAGAACAGCUUUUGGAAACAGAAAUUCCUACAAAUUCAGUAUCUCUGUACUGCCACUAACGUCGUGAUAUCUCCAGGGGCGUGGAGAGUUGCUUUAACGCGUGCUUUGAUGAGUUUGGAUCGAAGAAAAGAAGGCGGGCGUACCCCUUCUCCUUCUCCGGCAACGUAUAAGAGUUUCCUCCUCUUGUUGGGCAAUGGUAGAUGUAUCGCAUUUCUUUUAGAAUGUAAUUCCCUUCCUGUUUGUUACCAUUCAUGUAUAUACCUAACAUUUUUAUAUUUUGAAUCUUAUAUGUUUUGUGUA